AUGGCCAAAAGAGCCGCCGCGCAGAGCCAGCAAUAUCAGACGACCCGCCCGGGCGCGCUGGUCGACACCAACCCGGCGGCAUACGUGCUAAACGAGCGCGUCGUCACCCGCGUGUUCAGUGGCCGGAACGAGGUGGUGUGCACCUUCUGCCUGCUGCAAGUACUGACGGCCGCCUAUCGGCUGGGCAACGCCAAGCCUACACUCAACGGUACGCUGAUGGGUUACUACCGGCCUGCCACCUUCGCCGCCUGCGAUGGGACGGCUGGCACGAGGCAGCAGGCGCGCUGCAAGAGUAUCCUCGACUUUGUGCGCGGCCGCGGAUCGGCAGUUGACUUCGCGAAGCCAGAGACGGUUCGGCUUAUCAACAGCCAGGUGGAGCGCGCCACCAACGGUAAGAUCCGACAGCUCUUCACGAGCCUGGCGGCCGACACCAGCCUCAUCUUCGCGUCGGCGCUGGUAUUCCGCGACAAGUGGGGGAGGCAGCUGGAAGCCCAGCCCGGCGUGUUCCGCACGGGCGCCGGUCCCGUCAACACCGAGAUGCUCUACAAAGAAACUUGGCUGCCGCUGCUGGACGGGUCGACAGACGGCGUGAUCGGUGUGUCACUGUCGUACCGCAACGACGCCAUCCGCAUGUUCCUGUUCACCACGACCGACGGCUCACCGGUACAGGACAAGCUGCGUCAGCGACACUACCAGGCGCUGGUCGGUGAGCACAACAUCACCUACACGGCCGUCACGUUGCCCAGCUUCAACAUCGACUCCAAAAAAUACUCGUACAUUGACCUGGCACAACAAAUGGGCAUUCGCGAGAUGUUCGUCCGCGGCUUGGGUGCUGACGACCGGCUGCUCGUCGACCAGCUGGUCCAUAAGGCGGUCAUCUCGAGUGACCGGCACGGUACGGAGGCGGCGGCCGGCGCCGCCGGGAUCGGGCUCGUACCAACUAGUUUACCCCCCAAGCCGUUCCAGGCGCGCUUCGACCAGCCGUUCGUCUGCUCGCUGGUGCACGUCGAGCUGGGCGUGCCCAUCUUCACCGCGUACAUCCACGACCCAACCCAGAAGUAG